AUGGUGAACAUUCCUAAAACCUGCGGGACUUUCUGUAAGAAGUGUGGCAAGCACCAACCCCAGAAAGUGACACAGUACAAGAAGGGCAAGGAUUCUCUGUAUGCCCAGGGAAAGUGUCGAUAUGACAGGAAGCAGAGUGGUUAUGGUGGGCAGACUAAGUUGAUUUUCCAGAAAAAGGCUGAAACUACAAAGAAGAUUGUGCUAAGGCUUGAGUGCACUGAGCCCAACUGCAGAUCUAAGAGAAUGCUGAGUAUUAAAAGAUGCAAGCUUUCUCAACUGGGAGGAGGUAAGAGCAGAAAGAGCCAAGUGACCCAGUUCUAA